AUGAAACCAAAUGAUGGACCCCCUGUAUCAGUUCGAGUUGAUCCCGCUCCAGAGUUCACCCCUCUUGUAUCAGAUCAAACACUACUCAAACUUGGAAUCUCACUCGAAGUCGGUAGAAUCAAAAUCCCUGAUAAGAAUCCUGUAGCAGAGAGGGCUAUCCAAGAAUUAGAGGAUGAGUUAUAUUACGUCAGGAACAUGGUGAUGAUCCUGUUACACCAUUGGGAGCUACGUGUGAAUUCAAGAAUCCGGUCUAAUGGCUUAUCAGCUCAUGAACUAUGGGUCCAAAGAAGUCAAGUAACAAAUCAAUCUCUGAUCGUAAAUAGCACUGUUGCUAAAGUUGGCGAUUUAGUUUACCUUACCUGUGAUGGCAGCAAAGACAAUUGGUUUUACAUCUGUAAAUUCGUUGGCGCUCAAUUACGAUCUAAAACAUACCAGGUUCAUCCAUCCAAAUGUAUUGUUAUACCUCAAUUUUAUUCGCCCAUACCUCCCAGGCGUUCAUACCGCAAUGAUUCUGGUGAAGUAAGCGAGUACGAAGAUAUGGAUUGUGAUAUACCCUUUACCGAUGCCGACCAGAUGUAA